UCCUGGGGCACCCCGGAAUUCGCAGCCCCGAGCUCUUCCUGCGCCAGGACUGCACAGGUCCCAGGGUGGACGUCUGGAGCCUGGGGGUGAUCCCCCGCAACAUGGUGACCGGGAGCUGCCUUCUCGGGGACCAGCACCGUGGAGCUGCGGGCGCCGGUGCUGAGCGGCUUCUGCCCCGAGCCUGCCUCCCUCUCGGAGCAGUACCGGGACCUGCUGAGGCGGGUGAUGGUGUGGGACCCCCAGACACGGAGCACCCUGGACAGCGUCCUCCAGCACCCCUGGGUGGGGCUGGAGAACGGACUCCUGCCCUGCAGCGAGCCGUCCCCGGCCGCCACGACGAGGCCGCGACGGAAGCCAUGUGGGCCUGGGAUUCCAGAGAGAGGACAUCUCCAGGGCGGUUUCGGAGGGAAAAUACGACGGGGUUAUGGGGACCUUCUGGAUACUGCGCUCCAGGCAGCUGGAGGCGGAGGAGGAGGGCCCGGGCCCCCCCUUCUUCCACAGGCCCUCGGUCCCGUUGGGGCCCACGGUGGCCUGGCUUCGGAGCACCCCAGGAGCCCAGCAUCCCCUCGGGUCAGGCCCCCUGAUGGAGGAUGUCUGGAUGCCCAGCAUCCCCUCCGGGUCAGGCAUCCUGUGGGAGGGCGCCUGGGGGCCCAGCACCACCUCCUUGCCAGGCCACCGCCUGGAGCCCAUCAGAGAGCACAGCACCACCUCGGUGACAACCCCGCAGCUGGAGGGCCCCAAGAAACACAUCACCACCGCCUUGGCAGGCCCCCAGCUGGAGGGGGCCAGGAAUACAGGCGCAAACCAGCCCAGCCCGCAAGCCCUCCAAGCACCGACCUAAGGCCUGCUGGGCCAAGUGGCUGGCGCCUCCGGUUCAGCAAUGCGGUGGCCCCUGCAGAAAGACGGGGCCAUGAACACAAUGCUGACGAUGCAGAGUCCACACAAAUUUCAGGCUGAGGUGGCAAGGCCAGAGCUAGAAGAAUCAUCAAAACCAUUUUAAAAUUUUGCUGUAUCUGUGUUCCGGGGAAGUGCUGCUGAGGACCUACUGCAGCACCCGGGAAUUCAUGGCCCCGAUUUCUUGGAAGUUCCAUGGAAAACACCACCACAGAGUUCAUACAGCUGGAGACUAUCACCACCACACUCUGCAGAAUUCACCCCCCCACACCCACCCAGUGGCCGUGGUGAACAGGAGCACACCAGAGGAGGCCGAGGCUCUGGAGAGGGGUCAGGGACUGGGCCCAGCCAGAGGGACCAGGAGCAGCAUGAGAUGCAUAGACAUGGAGCACAGAUGUCCGGGAGCACAGAAGUCCAAGGAUCAGGUCCCAGAAGGCGCAAGGAGGCGGCCGCCAUGGACACACUGGCUCCCCACUGCAGGGGGCACUACCAGGUGACCUGCUCUGCCUGUGGGGCCCUGGGGCGUGGAGGCAUCUGAAUGGUCUUCCUCUGCCUGAAGGAGACAGUCUGAUGGAUUGUUUAGUUAAAAUGUCUAUCCCAGGACACAUUAAAUUGGUGUUUGAAACCGGCUGCAUUUGCUUCACAGUUAUGAAUGCACCCAUACUUCCAACGCAUCGG